AUGGAGAUCACGCAGGAAUCUAUAUCGAUGCUGGAACCAUAUUGCUCCGAAUUCCUGAUUCACGCAGCAGACGUGGAGGGCUUGCAGCAGGGUAUCGAUGAGGAACUAGUCUCCAAACUCGCCCAGUGGUGUUCGAUACCGGUCACCUAUGCAGGAGGCGCACGAAACCUCCAAGACCUAGAAAAGGUUUAUGUUAGCAGCGGAGGCAAGGUCGAUCUGACCAUCGGCAGUGCUUUGGAUAUAUUUGGUGGGUCUGGCGUGACAUUUGAUGAGUGCGUAGAAUGGAACAAGAACCAUUAG